AUGCCGACGCCGGUAACCGUCGCACGGCAAUUCCUAACCGACGAAGCCGCGCGUGCACUAGACGACGCCGUAACAGUCGCACGCCGUCGUAGCCACUCACAAACAACCUCACUUCACGCCGUAUCCGCCUUACUCUCCCUACCAUCUUCCUCUCUCCGUGAAGCCUGCUGCCGCGCUCCCGUUCGAUUCCCUCCACAUCCGUCAUUCUCGCACCGUCUCCAGUUCCGAGCACUCGAGCUUUCCGUCUGCGUGUCUCUCGACCGCCUCCCGUCCUCGAAAGGAUCAACGACGGAGGAGCCGCCGAUUUCGAAUUCACUCAUGACCGCAAUCAAACGGUCACAGGCCAAUCAGCGGCGUCACCCGGAGAGUUUCCAUUUGUUUAAUCAGUAUCAAAACGGAACGACGUCGUCUAUGUUGAAAGUUGAGCUUAAACAUUUUGUUGUAUCGAUUCUUGAUGAUCCAAUCGUGAACCGGGUUUUUGAUGAAGCUGGAUUUCGAAGCUGUGAUGUUAAGCUCGCUUUGCUUCAACGUCCGCCUCAAGUUCAAUCAUCUUCAAUCAAUGAACUCUACUCUAAAUCCAAAUCCAGUUUGAUGGGGUCCUUUGUUCCAUUUGGUGGAUUCUUUUCUACACCUUCUGAAAGCAAAAGUCACGUAGAUCCUGCUACUCUGGCAUCUAGUUGCUCAACAAGCUUGCCUUUGUUUAAAAAGGUUGUUGAUGUGGACACACAUGGGGGACUUGACAUGGCAAAGAAUGUACUCCAUCAUCCAGUGCAGACUAAUGAAGAAAAUACAAGCUUGAAUGAUAAGAUAUUGGAAUUUCAAAAGAAGUGGAAUGAUAUUUGUCAACAGCUUCAUCAACCAAGGUCUCAAGUUCCAUCACUUGAGGUUUUUCGGUUUGGUUCUGGUUUUAAUGAAAGCAGCAGUAAAGAUCCAUCACUUAAUGAACUCCAAUGUUCUAGUUCAUUUUCCUUCAUGCCUGAAAAGUUGCAUGAAAGUUACAGAGACUCAGGAAAUUGA